AUGAAGGUGAGCGCCUUCCAGGCUGAGAAUAUCCUUGUCACGGGCUCCGAGAGCCGCGGCGCCGACCAGGAGGUCGUCCGCACCCUGCUCGCGCUGGCCGCCCUACUCGGCGAGUCUCCCGCGGUGCAGGUCUUCGGCGAAAUCCGGCAUCCCGAGAAGACGACCGUCAUCGGGACGCUGCUGCCAAAGGCGAAGGCCAUCGUGGCGCGCACCGAGGUCAACCGGGUGUUGGUCCUGCGCGCCUUGGUGCCGUCCGUGGGUUUCUGCAUGAAGGAGAUGACGACGUUCAAGGAGGGCACCAGCGAGCUGUAUCUGCGGCCUGUGCCGCCAGAGCUCGUCGGGUGGACCUUCUUCGACGUGGCCCAACUGUUCACCCGCAGCGUCGUCUGCGGCGUGCAAGCGGGCGGCGGGGCCCCGAAGCUGAUGCCCAAGGCGAAGACGGAGCUGAGGGAGGGCGACCAGCUCUUGAUCCUGGCCCGCAGCCAGAGCGACGCGGGCAUCUGGCUGCGGCCAGGCGCCCCGGACGCCCCGCCGCUGCUCGGGGGUUCCGAGGAUUUCGGAGACCUUGACAUCCGCUCGCUGCGGAGGGCCCACAGCACGCACGCGACCCUGGCGUCGGCCGCUUCAGCGGCGGACGUCCUGCAGGAGGACGGUCAGGUGAAGCUGGGGCCCUCUGCCGAGGGGCCGAAGGCCGUCGUGAUGAUCGGCUGCCCGCACGACUUCCCCAACUUCCUGGAGAUCGACUGCUACUUGGCCGACGGCAGCACCGUCCACCUCCUCUCCACGAGGGACAUGCAGUGGCGCGACGCGGCCCUGAAGGCCUACAUGGGCGAUGCGGGUGUCAGCGUGGAGGGGGGCUUCGGGCUCGAGCGGGUGAAGGUGCAUCACUACGUGGGCGACAGCACGCGCAGGGGCGACCUCGCGCGGCUGCCUCUGGCGGAGGCCAGUUGCGCCAUCAUCCUGGCCGACAGGGUGGACGGCGAGGACCCGAUCGACGCGGACACCCGGUCGUUGACCACGGCCAUCGCCUUGAAGGCGCUUCUGAGCGAGUUGAAGACAGGCAGGUGCAAGAUCGUCACCGAAAUCUUGGACGCGGAGACCGAAAAGGUGAUCUCGAUCAACGGCAGCGUACGGAAGACGUGUUCGUUCAUGUACACCAGGUCGGUGGAGGCCGGUCUCUUGGCAAUGGCGGUGGCGCAGCCUACUAGUUUCGCCGUCGUCAAGCAACUGCUAGAGCGGAGGAGCACCGCCGGUUACAUUGUCGCGGUUCCCGUCGGCCGCCACGUGACUGGGAGCGAGAAGUUGUCCUUCUUGGACCUGCGGGAUCGCCUCUGGCGGAGCUGCCGGGGCAUCUUGCUGGGCUGGAGGAGGCAGGCGGACCGCUACCCGAACGUGAACCCGGCCGAUAAAACAGAGCUGCUCGACUGGGAGGCGAGCAGUGGUGACGAGCUGAUCGUCAUGCACCGCUCCGACGGCGCAUGA